UAAUAAUCCCCAGCACUUAAUAAUAGAUGAAGCAGAACUUCUCCGGUGUGGAAGGUGACAGAGAGCUGAGCCGUGUCAUCCUGUCCAAACGAAAGGUUAUCUCUUGGCAAGGAGAUGGUAAAGGUCAGGUUGCUGACUGUCUCCCUUCUGCUAGAAAGAUAACUCAGGUCAGUGGGCAGGGCCGAGAGCCAGUGUGUAUAAAUGGGGGACAGAGGUGGUGCAAGGAGAGCCACCUCGGUUGCAGGCAUCUCAGCUGAGCAUGGCAACCCUCCGGCUGCUGCUGCUGGCUUGCUGGGCUCUCACUGGGGCUCUGCAGCUGCAGGCUGAUGCGAGGCCAGCGCCCUAUGGGGUGAAGUUGUGCGGCCGAGAAUUCAUCCGUGCGGUCAUCUUCACCUGCGGGGGCUCACGAUGGCGCCGGGCGGACACCUUGGCCCACAACACUCUUGGGGACUUCUUCCCUGAUGCAGAAGCCAAUACCAACAACCUGGAGAGCGAACUGGACGAAGCUGUGGGCUCCAGCGAGUGGCUGGCCCUGACCAAAUCCCCCCAGGCCUUCUAUAGCGGUCGGCCCAGCUGGCAAGUGUUGUCUGGAGUGGUUCGGGGCAGCAGAGAUGUCCUGUCUGGCCUUUCCAGCAGCUGCUGCGAGUGGGGCUGUAGCAAGAGCCAAAUUAGUAGCUUGUGCUAGGACCCCGGUUGGGCGAUAAGGAAGCAGUCGUGCCUCCAACCUGCUGUCUGCUGUGCGAGGAUCACAAGCAUUCCUCCAGGCAAGGCAUGGGAGCCUCUGUGGUCUCUUCACAGACCCUCUGCCGAAACUUUUCCCAUCUUGUUCCGAGCCACACCCCUACCCAGCCAAACAGAAACUUGAUCUUCAUGGCUGAGUUGUUUCCCUGCCCAAUCCCAGUCCCCCCGAGCCCGGCUGCAGCCAGGUGGCUACCUACCCAAACUGGCCACACUGAACAACCUGUCUGGUCCUAAUUGCCACCUCUGUUUCCCCGGCCAGUGCAACCUGCCCCUUAUUUCUUCAGUCCCCACUCCAAAGAACUCUGCUGCUGACACCAGGGCUGGGGACACGGGGUCCCCAGUACUCAGACUUUCCAACCACAAAAUAAAGGUGCAAU